CCAGACCCGGCUCACUCGAGCUCCCGCCGCCGCCACCCCGCCAUGGAGCGGCCGCCGCUGCGCGCUCUGCUCCUCGGCGCAGCCGGGCUGCUGCUCCUGCUCCUGCCCCUCUCCUCUUCCUCCUCUUCGGACGCCUGCGGCCCCUGCGAGCCGGCCACCUGCCCGCCCCUGCCCCCGCGGGGCUGCCCGCUGGGCGAGACCCGCGACGCGUGCGGAUGCUGCCCGGUGUGCGCCCGCGGCGAGGGCGAGCCGUGCGGGGGCGGUGGCGCCGGCAGGGGGCACUGCGCGCCGGGCAUGGAGUGCGUGAAGAGCCGCAAGAGGCGGAAGGGUAAAGCCGGGGCAGCAGCCGGCGGCCCGGCAGUGAGCGGCGUGUGCGUGUGCAAGAGCCGCCACCCGGUGUGCGGCAGCGACGGCACCACCUACUCCAGCGGGUGCCAGCUGCGCGCCGCCAGCCUGAGGGCCGAGAGCCGCGGGGAGACGGCCAUCACCCAGGUCAGCAAGGGCACCUGCGAGCAAGGUCCUUCCAUUGUGACGCCACCCAAGGACAUCUGGAAUGUCACUGGUGCCCAGGUGUACUUGAGCUGUGAGGUCAUCGGAAUCCCAACCCCUGUUCUCAUCUGGAACAAGGUACAAAGGGGUCAGUAUGGAGUUCAAAGGACAGAACUCUUGCCUGGUGACCGGGACAACCUGGCCAUUCAGACCCGGGGUGGCCCAGAAAAGCAUGAAGUAACUGGCUGGGUGCUGGUAUCUCCCCUAAGUAAGGAAGAUGCUGGAGAAUACGAGUGUCAUGCAUCCAAUUCCCAAGGACAGGCUUCUGCAUCAGCAAAAAUUACAGUGGUUGAUGCUUUACAUGAAAUACCAGUGAAAAAAGGUGAAGGUGCUGAACUAUAAACCUAAAAAAAAUAUUACUCAACAAGAGCUAAAAGUAGUCACAAAUAACUACAACCCUGUUCUUGCCUAGUAACAAGUUUCUCUAAUCCAAUUCACUAAUGCUUUAGUUAUAGUCACUUGUUUUAACACAGGAUACCAAUUAAAGACAACACAUCAAGACUAUCUACAAAACUUUAUUGUCUAUUUACAGAAGAAAAACAUGCAUAUCAUUAAACAAAACAAAUAAAAUGCUUUCUAUCGCAACUCAA